GUCGCCCCCUCCUCCUCCUCGGCGCGUGUUUCGGUCCCAAACCGGCGUGAGGGGCGAGCGAUGCCCGCCGCCUGCCCGGCAGCUCGCAGCAGGCCGGGCUCCGCUGGAGGGAGGAGGAGGAGCCUCAGCGCCGGAGCGGCGGGCCGACGAGGCAGGCGUCAAGAUGGCGGCGUCCAUGGAGCUGGACUUGCAGCCCCUCAGCCUGGAACUGCUGCCCACGGACCCGCUUCUCCUCAUCCUCAGCUUCCUCGACUACAAGGACCUCAUGAGCUGCUGCUAUGUAAGUCGUAGAUUAAAUCAGCUUUCAAGUCAUGAUCCACUGUGGAGAAGACAUUGUAAGAAAUACUGGCUUUUGUCUGAAGCUGAGAAGUCCCGAAGAAAUAAGAGCUGGAAAGCAAUCUUUAUAGAUAUUUAUGCUGAUUUAGGAAGAUAUAUUCAGUAUUAUGCUACACUUAAAAAAGCUUGGGAUGAUUUGGAAAAAUAUUUGCUGCAGCGUUGUCCUCGGAUGAUUAGUUCCUUGAAAGAAAGUGUUCGGGAAGAAGAUCUGGAUGCUGUAGAAGCACAAAUUGGUUGCAAGCUUCCUGAUGACUACCGAUGUUCGUUUCGGAUCCAUAAUGGACAGAAGCUAGUAGUUCCAGGGUUGAUGGGAAGCAUGGCACUUUCAAAUCACUAUCGCUCAGAGGAUUUGUUAGACAUUGACACAGCAGCCGGUGGUUUUCAGCAGCGACAAGGAUUGAAACAAUGCCUCCCCUUAACCUUUUGCAUCCACACUGGAUUGAGUCAGUACAUGGCGCUGGAGAGUGUGGAGGGUCGCAAUUGUUACGAGAUCUUCUACCAGUGUCCAGAUCAAAUGGCCCGUAAUCCCUCUGCAAUUGAUAUGUUUAUUACAGGUAGCUCCUAUUUGGAAUGGUUCACCACAUAUGUAAACAAUGUAGUAACAGGUGGCUAUCCCAUCAUCAGAGACCAGAUUUUCAGAUAUGUUCAUGAUAAAGAUUGCGUAGCAACAACUGGAGAUAUUACUGUCUCUGUUUCGACAUCUUUUCUACCUGAACUAAGUUCUGUACAUCCGCCUCACUAUUUCUUCACUUACAGAAUCAGAAUUGAGAUGUCCAAAGAUGCACUUCCAGAGAAGGCUUGUCAGCUAGACAGUCGGUACUGGAGAAUAACCAAUGCCAAAGGUGAUGUAGAAGAAGUUCAGGGUCCUGGAGUAGUAGGAGAAUUUCCAAUAAUUAGUCCUGGUCGAGUUUAUGAGUAUACAAGUUGUACUACAUUUGCCACUACUUCAGGGUAUAUGGAAGGAUACUACACAUUCCAUUGCCUUUACUACAAAGACAAGUUUUUUAAUGUCACCAUUCCCAGAUUUCAUAUGGUUUGCCCAACAUUCAAAGUAUCAACAGCACGGAUGGAGACCAAUCAUAAUGAACGUGCUAUGGAUGAGGAUGAAGAUUCAACAGACACUGAUGAAUAUGAAGACAGGCGUAGAAUUCUGGACAUUCCUGCUCCUUCUGGACGUUGCCCACGCCAGACUUGAUCUUAUUUUUUUUUCUAGGUUCUGUGGGGAGAUGACAUGUACAAAUAUUUCUGAAUAUCAAAUAAUUAUUUGGCAGUGGAAGCAACUAGCAUGAAUUGCUGGUUUUGGCUCUGGCUUGCAUCUGAUCAGAUAUAGAGACUGAGUUUUCUUUUUGUCUUGCAUUUGUUGUCAGAGGGAUAACUUGUGGGGUGGAAAUGGGAUAUGGCAUUAUACUUUACAGCGUUACAGUCUUCUAGGAAGGGGUCAUUGUAAAUGUAAAUCUUAUUUAAAACCAGAAUGGUGCUUUCAUUUUCAUUCUUUUUUAUAUUAACUGACAACAGCAAACUAAAUGGGGAAGAUCGUUUUGCCAUUUUCAUAAUGAUCAUAACCAAUACUCAUUUGUGCUGGAAGUGAGCAGAACAUCUGCAGCUUAAAACUACAUAGCUGUUGGGCUGGGUGUGUUUUUGUAUAUGUUAAUAUUAAUACGUACAUACAUGUACCAGAAAUAUCAAAAUAUUUUAAAGGAACUUGGGUCUUACAUUUGUAAUCCUGCAUUCUGUCUCUGAUCAUAUACAGGCCUUCUGGAAUGCAGGAUGAGCAUCUUACCUACUGCAUUUUUCUCAUUAUGUUAUAUAAAUAUGUAAAUAGCUUAAUUUGAGCCUUUCAGAUAUCAUUUAACUAUUGUGAUAAGUGAACAGAAUAUUGUUUAAAUAUAAACCAUGUU